AUUUCCCGAUCGCGCCGCAGGUGAUGCAUGUGGUGUCCUCACUCCUCGUCUCCCUGGGCAAGCUGCCCGUUGAGGCCUUGGCCGAGCUGUCCUCGCUGGAGCGCUUGUGGUCCGGGGCAGCGCAGGUGUCGCCGUUGGUGCAGAGCGCGCUCCAUUCUCGUCUCCCCGGCGUCUCGCUGCACCACUCGUACGGCAUGACGGAGACCACCUUCACGACCUUCUGUGGUGAGGUGCGCGCCGACAAGCCCGGAUCACCCGGCACUCUCGUGAAGGCCAUGGAGUGCAAGGUUGUCGACCCGGAGUCCAAUAAGCCGCUGGCCAUGGGGGCGCGCGGUGAGCUGUGCUUCAAAGGCCCCAUGGUGACCCGGGGUUAUCUCGCCAACGCGGAGGCCACCGCCGAGGCCUUCGACGCGGACGGCUGGCUGCGUUCCGGUGACCUGGGCUACGUGGACGAGGAUGGCUACUUCUACGUGGUGGAGCGACUCAAGGAUGUCCUUAAGUACAACGGGCACCAGGUGUCGCCCUCGGAGCUGGAGGCGCUGCUCAUCACGCACCCGGCCGUGUGCGAGGCGGCCGUCAUCGGCGAGCCCCACGAGUACGGCGAGGCGCCGCGCGCCCUGGUAGUUCUUAAUUCUUAA